UCAUUGGCGAUUGUUAGUACUGGUAUUAGAAGUCCUCUAAGUAACAGUUAUUUCUAGUACUAGUAGUAGUUGUUGCUGAGUAAUAUUUCGCGACGUUUGACCUACUAUGAUUCUGAGCUGUGAUCUGCAGAGACCGGUCGACCGUCAAUGACAAGAUCGUUAUUGUAAUUCAUUGUGAACGUAUUUGCUAUCGCUAGGGCCAGGGGUGUACAUAACUGCACUAGUGCCCUGAGUCAGAUGAGAACGCAGUCACAAAUAAUAAUUUCAGCUCCUGCUCAGAGUCAUAAUACCACCGGUGCGACACCUUCCUCGAUGGAGUCUCAAGUGGACCUUGGCGCUGGUUUAGUGUGAGAAUGGCGGCAGCGGGACCAUGAGCAUUUUGGCACGAACGUUCGAUACUACCAUUCGAGUUUUGCUAUGCAGAAAGCAGACGGUGAAGCGCAUUUUGACCGUAGCUGCUCUCGCAGCCGCCUGGAUAUUCUUUUCGCAUGUUCUGCUGGACAAGCAUGGCACGGCGGGACGGCGUGCCGAUGGCCGUAAUCCAGGAUCUAAAAACAACUUGCGAUCUUCACAGGGAGCCUUGACCAGCGUCUCUGCAGAGUCAGUGCACACGACUGAAGAUUGGUUCGGGCAGGACGUCGACAGCCGGGGUGGUGUGCAGGUAGGCCGCCGUGUGCAAGAUGGUAAUGCAGACUGGCCUGGUGGUGGUGGUCCACGCGGCAUGCCCAGUGAUGAUCAGAAGCCCUUGAUACAGGUCAUCCACAAACCUGGCCUUUUACCUGUCAACGAGCCUGAAGCACAUCCAGCGAGACGUGGCGUUUCAACCCGAUCCGCAUAAUGAACGAGGUAAAUCCCCUGUUCACACUGUGCGUCUACCGUCACGUCGCUUGCCGGGCACGCUACCUCGGGCGACCAAGAAAACGGCAGAACGCGACCGGUUUGGCAGUGACAUUGUGCGGGGCAUGACCGUUGGCGUUGGUGUGGAGCCAAUCGCCCUGCUGGUCCUGUGCAAAGAGCCGUUCUUCUCUCUCUCGCUGGCCGAUAUGCGCGAGCUCCUCGGCAAGCAUCGCAUACGCUUUGAAAUCGGCCGCGGCAGCGCCAGUCCGGAUUCGUUCUUUCCACAGGCACCCAGCAUGGGCGCAGAGCCGCAGGGACGGUACAGUGUGAUUAUAUUCGAGAACUGGUCGCUGUACACUGACGCGCCGGAUGCGAAACGGGAGGAUCUGGAUUCGUACUGCCGCCUCUACGGUGUUGGCAUGGUGGCGUUCGUGUCGCCUGCCUACCCGUUUGUUUUCAAGCAGGUCACCGUGCGCCCGCUGGUGGAUACCACGCGGAACGUCAGCAUGGUGUUGAGAGUGAACGGCCGCUCGCCAAUGCUGCGGAUUGUCCGCGAUGGCGGCGAGAUGCUGACCAGCGUGUCUGGUGGCGACUGGUGUGCGUUUGAGGGCAACACGUCCGCCUUUGAUCCAGUGGAGUACGCCAGGCUGCCGGAUGGCGCCGAUAGCACCGAGUGGCGCAUCUCCUUGCUGGACACUGGGCGUGUGGACGGCAUUCGUCGUGUGCUCUUCUGCCAGCACCCGGGCAUGUACCUCUGGCUGCACAAGGCCUUGUUCCUGGAUGCUGUUAGCCAUCUGUCUCCGGCCACCCUGGGACUGCCACUCGCUCGCCGAUUUCUCGUGGACAUUGACGACAUAUUUGUCGCUUCGCUGGGAACCAAGAUGAGUCCCGAUGAUGUUGAGCAACUUGUCAAGACGCAAGAGGAAGUGAGAAAACAAGUCCCACGCUUCACGUUCAACCUUGGCUUUGUCGGCUCCAAGUUUGCGCAGGGGACACCAUGGGAGGCAAAAGGUGAUCACCAUUUCGUCGAGCUGGCGCAGCACUUUUACUGGUUUCCACACACGUACACGCACAUUGCACCACACAGGACAUGGAAUACCAACAAGAUACCAGUGAGUGGUGCGUACGCCAUUUCUCCAAAGCACUCCGGUGUCUAACCAGUCCACGAGCCCCUGUACACGGCCUGGAGAGAGGUGUGGGGUGUCAAAACAACGUCCACCGAAGAGUACAUGCACUUGAAGCCUGGAUAUAAGCGCCGCGGAUUCAUAUACAGAGGGAUUAAGGUAGUGCCUCGGCAAGUAUGUGGCUUGUACACGCACACGUUCAAGCGCCAGGACUACCCUGGCGGCAUACAGCGACUGCAAGAGACUGCGGAAGGCGGGGACAUGUUUGAGAGCAUUCUACACAACACGAUCUGCAUCUUCAUGACUCACGUGUCAAACUACGGUCAUGACCGCCUGGGCAAUUACGUUGUGAAGGCGGUGGUGGACUACAUCCAGCGCUGGACCAACCUGGAACUGUCCUACUCACCGCCGCACGAGGCUGUCAGCGAAUACUUUGAGCAGCACCUGGACGAGGCCAUGCCGUUCUGGCUGGACCCAUGCAGAGAUCCCAGGCACUACGCCAUCUGGUCUGAGGAGAAGCGUCGUUGCUUCAACCUACCCAACGUACUAGUGGUUGGGCCGCAGAAGACUGGCACGACGGCACUGCUGGACUUCAUGACGCUGCAUCCGAAGAUCUCGCGCAACCGCAAUACACCGAAGCACUUUGAGGAGAUGCAGUUCUUCAGCAACGAUGCCAACUAUCUCCUCGGCCUGGACUGGUACAUGCAGCACAUGCCAUUGGUCAACACUGCCACGAACCUCACCAUCACGUACAAUGCCAGUGAUACCAUCGAGAAGCCGGCUCACUUCAUCGUUGAGAAGAGCGCUACGUACUUCGACAGCUACAUGUCACCGCUGCGCGCCUGGCGUCUGAUGCCCUCCGUCAAGGUCAUUGUGAUACUGGUUGAUCCGGUCAAGAGAGCGUACUCCUGGUGGCAGCAUCAAGUGGCCCACAAAGACCCAAUCACAACUCAGGUGUCGUUCCGCACGCUGCUGUUGCGCAAUCACCGGCACAAUCGGGCUAAGUCAGUUCUGAAACAACGAUGCCUCUUCCCAGGCCAGUAUGCAGUCCAUCUGAAACGAUGGCUGGCAUUCUUUGGGCCCAAACAGAUACACAUCAUAGACGGCGAGGAGUUGGUCAAAGAUCCAGUGCCGGUGAUGCACGCUGUGCAGAAAUUCAUCGGGGUGCAGUUCAUCGACUACGCACAGCAUAUUAAGAAAUCGGCGACGAAGGGCUUUUUCUGCCCAGUGAUCAAUGGAAAGCUGAAGUGCCUUGGCAAGGGUAAAGGACGCACGUAUGCACCAAUGGAACCAAGUGCCCGCACGUUGCUCAAGGCGUACUAUGCCGAGCACAAUAAGGACUUGGCAAAAAUCCUGGGUUCGAUGAAGGUGCCUCUGCCGACGUGGCUGAAAGAAGAUCUCAGGAAGAGGGAAGCUACUGCAGCUGCUGCUGGCAACGCCGCCGAAGUGUAAUGCUGUGGAGGUACUGGCAGGUGGCUCCUCGUUCAAGCACUGCCUCGCGUGGUGUGACUUACACUGCCGUGAAACUGCAAUGGUGAACAUGUUUGUUGAGCGUGUGUGUAUGUGUUCGUUAAUGUGUGUGUGCGCUUAGCCCGACUCAAGCUUGAGUAAUAUAUACGUGCACACACACGCCGAGAUUACAAUUCACAGCGUACCUACAUGCCGCACUAGCGUGUGCGAGGACUUUGAGUACCGGCGUAUAGUAGGAUCUACUCCGUUUCUUGAUUCAACCAAUGCUUCUCCAUUCUCGUGUGCAGUGUGGUGUCAAUGGCUUGACUGAUGUCUCUCAUUCUUACCCUCUUGAGCAUUGAAGCGUUCUUCCAUUCUUCGAUAAAGUGUGAGUGUUGUGUGACAUAGCCCUUUCUAGUAGUAGUACUAUUUAUGUUUGAACUCUAGCAGUGAUGGUGGUGGUUAGUAAUGUGCAUCGUGAUAUCUGUCCUCACACUGAUGAGACUUGCUUCUUUCGUUUUUGCCAUGGCGCGCACUAGUACCGUUAUGAUUUGCUGUGCCUUAUUUCAUACCAGCCGCGUUGAUAGAGCGCUUUGUGAUCGGAAAGUUUGUGCUCGGGAAAAGAAGCCUGCAGUCCGUGGCUGUGAAGAAUCUGGAGAUAAUGAUGGACCAGCAGCAGGGAACUGCCAUGACCAUGAUACCAUGACCAAAACUGACCAAUAAUUAUUAUGUACAA